AUGGUUACAGUUCCACCCAAUUUGCAGAAUUUUAACCACUACACAGAAAGUCUCUAUAAAGAAUCAUUGACUGAAGGCACGCCUUACCGAGGUCGAAAGUUGCGCAGAACACGCCCAAUCAGCCCACGCUCUGGCAUAGUUGAGUGCAAUGGAGGCGUGGCUGAAGAGGAUGAGGUGGAGGUCAUCCUCGCCCAAAAGCCUACUGCUGAUCAGGAAGUGCCAAGGGAAGCUGUCUUGCCUGAACAAUCCCUGGGAGAAUUUGACUUUAAUGAGUUCUUUAACCUUGAUAAAGUUCCAUGCUUGGCUUCCAUGAUAGAAGAUGUUUGGGGAGAAGGGUCCGUCUCUGCCAGUCGGUUCAGUAGGUGGUUCUCUAAUCCAAGCCAAUCAGGAAGCUGAUCCAGCAGCCUUGGGUCAACACCACAUGAAGAGUUGGAGAGACUUGCAGGUCUGGAGCAAGCUAUCCUUUCUCCUGGACAAAACUCGGGGAAUUAUUUUACUCCUAUACCAUUGGAAGACCAUGCUGAAAAUAAAGUGGAUAUUUUAGAAAUGCUACAGAAAGCCAAAGUGGAUUUAAAACCUCUACUUUCCAGCCUUUCUGCAAAUAAAGAAAAACUUAAAGAGAGUUCACAUUCAGGGGUUGUGCUUUCAGUGGAAGAGGUAGAAGCAGGGCUCAAGGGCUUGAAGGUGGACCAACAAGUAAAGAAUUCAACUCCCUUCAUGGCAGAACACUUAGAGGAGACCCCGAGUGCUGUAAACAGCAAUCAACAACUCAAGAAAGAUGGAGAUAUGACUGCAUUUAACAAGCUAGUGAGCACCGUGAAGGCAAGUGGGACUUUGCCUUCUCAGCCCAAAGUCAGUCGAAAUCUUGAAAGCCAUUUGAUGUCCCCUGCUGAGACUGCAGGCCAGCCUGUCCCUAAGAACAUCCUGCAGGAACUUCUGGGUCAACCACUUCAAAGACCUGCUUCCUCCAGUCUUCUGAGUGGCCUUAUGGGGAGCUUGGGGCCUACUGCAUCUUUACUAGGCCAAAGAGCACCCUCUCCUCCUGUGUCACAGGUGUUUCAAACUCAGGCAGCCUCAGCAGACUACCUUCAUCCAAGAAUACCAUCACCAAUUGGUUUCACACCAGGACCACAGCAACUACUUGGAGAUCCAUUCCAAGGCAUUCAAAAGCCCAUGAGCCCUGUCACAGCUCAGAUUAGCCAGCUAGAGUUGCAGCAGGCAGCUUUGGAGGGGCUAGCCCUGCCACAUGACCUUGCAGUACAGGCAGCAAACUUCUACCAGCCUGGUUUUGGCAAACCACAGGUGGAUAGAACCAGGGAUGGAUUCAGAAACAGGCCACAGCAAGUGACCAAGUCACCAGCACCUGUGCACCGAGGGAAUUCCUCUUCCCCAUCCCCUGCUGCCUCCAUCACAAGCAUGCUUUCUCCUUCCUUCACCCCUACCUCAGUAAUCCGGAAGAUGUACGAGAGCAAAGAGAAAAGCAAGGAGGAGCCUGCAUCUGGAAAAGCAGUUCCUGGUGACAGUAAAGAGGAUACUCAGAAGGCUAGUGAAGAGAACCUACUAUCAUCUAACUCCAUACCUAGUGCUGAAUGAGACUCUUCUACAACAAAUCCCAAACUUCCAACAUUACAGCGAUCUUCGUGUUCUACCCCACUAUCCCAGACCAACCGUUAUACCAAAGAACAAGAUUACCGACCUAAAGCAACUGGAAGGAAAACACCCACCUUGGCAUCCCCGGUUCCAGGAACACUUUUUCUCUGACCUGUACACCAGGUUCCUCUUGUUCCCCAUGUCCCUAUUGUUCGGCCUGCUCACCAACUUCACCCAGGGUUGGUCCAGAGGAUGCUGGCCCAGGGAGUGCAUCCACGGCAUCUUCCAAGUUUGCUCCAAGCUGGUGUACUUCCUCCUGGGAUGGACCUGACUCAUUUACAGGGAAUAUCUGGCCCACUCCUGGGUCAGCCCUUUUACCCUUUACCUGCUGCUAGUCACCCUCUCCUAAACCCUCGACCUGGGACACCUCUGCACCUGGCAAUGAUGCAACAGCAGCUACAGCGCUCAGUUCUGCAUCCUCCAGGCUCUGGGUCCCAACCGCCAGCUGUCAGCAUUCAGACGACUCCUCAGAAUGUGCCCAGUCACCCAGGCCUACCGCACAUGCGCUCCCAGCUGGAGCAUCACCCCAGCUACAGGAGCAGCUCCCCUGUGGGUCUUGCCAAAUGGUUUGGCUCAGAUGUGCUGCAGCAGCCCCUCCCCUCCAUGCCUGCCAAAGUCAUCAGUGUAGAUGAAUUGGAAUACCAACAGUGAGCAGGGCAGGCAAGCUCAUCCAUGCCUGGACCUAUGGUGGCACCCUGGUCAGGACUUUGCUGCCUCAUCUUGGGUUGGUUUACUGGCUUUUACUUUGGCGCAUUCUGGGUAAAGCUCUUAAUGGAACACGUGCACCUGGCAUGGUUUGCAUUAUGACAGAAAGAUCUUAACCAAUGGAGUGGAGCCUACAUGGUCUGAGUGCACAAUGCAGAGUUUUGUCAAUCCUGGAAAGUCUUGUCUUUUUUGUAAGAUAUGUGAAUGAAGUGUUGAUGUCUUCACCCCAAGAGGUGGCACCUAAGGGUUCUGAGGAAAUGUAUAGACCCUUAUGUACAGAACUAUGUAUAAACAACUUUUGUACAUACAUAUAGGAUAGAUUUUUUGAAC